AUGUUGAUUCUAUACGGUGGGGCGAAAGCUUCCCCGGUCCAAGUCCCUUCCCUUACGCUGUUCGCCACAGGAACCCCAACCCAUGCCGUAACGCCACUUUGUAUCCGUACCACCAACAAGUUGAACGGCCGACGAUCCCGAUUUCCCUCUUCUCCGAACCAUUGCUUGCUUCCCUCCCACUCGAUGGUUUCAAGAAGAGCCGACGAUGCAUUCAUGGCUUUACUGAGGACCUACCACUCUCAGAGGUUCUGUCGCGUGGCGGUCCGCGGCGCCCGAGGCGGCGGCGGCAUCCUCCGGCCGGCGCACUUCUCGACGAGCUCAUUUGCUCGACACCAAGCAGUGCCGGACUUGAGCCCCGAUGCAGCGCCGAACCUCACGAAGGAAACACGAGUGCCGAAAGAUGUCGCAGUUAUCGGUGGCGGGAUCACGGGCCUGACAACAGCGCACUACCUAGCGAAGCUGCUUCCCGAGACGUCCAACAUCACCGUGUUCGAGGCGGCAGACCGGCUGGGCGGGUGGAUCGAUACGCAGGAGGUCGAAGUCGACGUGAAAGGUCAGAAGAACAUUGUGCGCUUCGAGCGCGGGCCGCGGACGCUGCGCGGUAUGGGGAAAGAUACGUGGAGGUUUGACGAUUUCGUCCUCUUUGACCUGUUGAGAGACCUCGGCAUGCACAGCGAGUAUCUUGGCAUUAAGUCCCCGCCGCGCUACAUCUUCUACCCGGACCACCUCGUCAACAUGCACCCGAAGAACGUCUUUAGCGAAGCCGCCUUCAAGGGCGUCAUCCCGGGCUUCUUGACUCUUUUCUGGCGUCGUGCCAAGGCCCGCCGCGAGCCUGUCCCGUCGGACAUGUCGGUCGCCGACUUUAUACGUUUCGCCACGGGCCGCCCCGAGUUAACAGACAACCUCGCUUCGGCCAUGAUCCACGGUAUCUGGGGUGGCGACGCCGACCGACUGAGCAUGCGCAGCUUCAUGCCCGGGCCGUGGUGGCGCUUCUUCCUGAAGGGAGAGCGUGACGACUGGGUCACUGUCCCGCGCAACGAGGAGAGCGUACUGGAGACAUUGGCUCAGGAUAAGGAGCUUCAGGGUUACGCGCGGGCUGCGCACAAGGAUCAGCUCGUGUUUUUUGAAAAUGGGUUGAGCAGCCUGCCGAACGCUCUUGAGAGGGGGCUGAGGCAGAAGAAGAACGUCACAUUCAAGUUGGGUGAGCCUGUGACGAACCUGGGCUACGACCGCAAGACCGCCCAAAUCUCGCUCUCGACAAAGAAUUCCGAAUUUCCGACAAAGUUCGACAAAGUCAUAUCUACGACAACUAGCAACACCCUCGCCGCCGUGUCCAACAACGCCCUCCCUUCCCUCGCAGACUCUCCCAACGUGUCUAUCAUGGCUGUGAACCUCUGGUACCCGCAGCCCGGUCUGAACGCAUCCCACCCUGGCGUCGGCUACCUGGUCCCGCGCGCCGUUGACACGAACCCGGAGGGCCUUCUCGGCGUCUUCUUUGACUCGGACGUCGUGCCACGCGCGCCUUCGGAGCCCGAAGGCACCAAGUUCUUCGUUCUCAUGGGCGGUCACUACUGGGACAAGCGCACCAACUACCCGACUGAGGAGGAGGGCGUCGAGAUGGCCAAGUCGGUCCUCGAGCGCCAUCUUGGCAUCCCCAAAUCCCAACCCGCCUUCGCUAUGGCAAGACUCGCAAAGGACUGUAUCCCGCAGCACCACGUCGGCCACGGCGACCGUAUGGGUCGCGCCGCCCAGGAGUUGUACACUGCCUACGGCGGAAAGCUCGCCGUUGCAGGCGGGUCGUACACCAGCAUCGGCGUCACGGGCGGCAUCCGCGCUGGCUACGACGUGGCUGUGCACAUUGCUCAGUCGGCACAGGCGCACGUCGGCGACACCGGUCUCGCUCAGUUCCAAAAAUGGCAGAUGGACCUGGUCCAGGUGCCGCGGGAGCGCUUGAAGUCCAUUGGGCGCGAUAUCGAGGAGAAGAUCGGUUGGAGGAACUACCUCCGCUAA